GUGUGUGUGUGUGUGUGUCGUUGGGAAGAGGCACGGAGUGGAGACUCACGGAUGAGGUGGGAAAGAGAAAGGAUGACGGCGCCGGGGGGUUCUCAAGGACCCUUGCUCGAUGAUCCAGGGGGUUACGAAGAACCGCUUCCCACCUUAGGAAGCUGGGCUAAGGAAGAGGCGAACCAGCGACCACCGCACCGCUUGCCGCACAGCCCUCGAGUGUUGCAUGGGGGCAAGAGAUGAAGCCGCCCUUUUUUCACUCUUCCCUCUCGAGGAGUCAAACGUCAAACCCACAGACGGAGUCCUCUUCAUUA